AUGUCAUCACAAAAAAAGAAAAAAUCCCUUAUUCCCCAAAAGACCUUAAAUGGUCAAGAGGCGACAAUAUCCAGGAAGUACGCAACAGUGGAGGGAUUUUGCGGAAAAUCGGGCGUUCCCUCCUGGAUGAUCAGACUUGGCACUUUAAAUACUGGAUCGGUUACUGGAUGUUCCAUAGAGAUCGUCGACAUGCUGGAAAGGCGAAGGGUUGACAUCUGUUCUCUGCAGGAAACAAGAUUGAAAUCAAAUGAUGCUGUCAGGAAAACGCCAUCAUCAGAGAUACCAUUGAUAUGUGGCGACCUAAACGGCCAUGUUGGAGAUAAAGCAAAUGGGUUCCACGGUGUCCAUGGAGGCUUUGGCUACGGGUCUCAAAACGAAGACGGUAUACGGAUUCUGGAAUUUGCUGAAAGCCAUGAACUCUCCCUGUUUGAUACUUAUUUCAAAAAGAGGGCAGAACAUUUGAUCACAUAUAAAAGCGGGAUGUCAUGCACACACGUCAGACAACAACACAGACGACUAUUCAGGAAUACAAAAGUCAUUCCAGGCGAAGCAUGCACUUCUCAACAUCGAUUGCUGGUCGCCGAUAUGACCAUGGAACGAUCACGUCCUGUGACUGAUCGAAUGCCUGCUAGGAUAAAAACAUGGAAACAAGGAGAAAUUCGAGGAGUUGGUAUCGGCACAGCUGGAUUGUCUGGAGAAGAUCGGAUCAAGAAAUUUUCCUAUUGCUGGUCUAGAAGUAUGGAAUAG